AUGGCACCUUCCGCAACAACCCAAGAGCCGGCUACACCGCGGUUCACUGGAGCGCCCCAGACGCAAGUCACCUUAGGUGGAAAAGUCAUCGCUAUUACCGGCGCCAACCGCGGGAUUGGCCUUGGCGUCGCCGAAUGCUGCCUUUCCAAUGGUGCCGCCAAGGUCUACUCUAUUGACAUUGGUGAGACUGGAGAUGACUUCUCUGCCUUAUUAAAAUGCUAUCCUGGUCAGCUUUUCGCCGUCAACGCCAACGUGACCGAGGAAGAGACAAUUACAGCUGCAAUCGACAAGAUUAUCGAAGAAGCUGGCGCUUUGCACGGCAUGGUUGUCAACGCCGGGCGCACGCAUCAUAAGGCUGCUCUUGAUUUUACCAAGGAGGAGAUUGAGUCAUUAUUUAAUGUCAAUCUCUUCGGUGCCUUUUAUUCCGCGCGUGCGGCUGCUCGGGCCUUCAUUAAGCUGGGAAUCAAGGGGUCGGUUGUUUUCACCGCGUCGAUGGCUUCCUAUAGACCUAAUAAGCGAGUUCCUUCCACUCCAUAUGGUGCAUCCAAAGCCGGUAUCCGCAACAUGACCCACACCCUCGCCAUGGAGUGGGCCCAAUACGGCAUCCGCGUCAACAGCGUGUCGCCAGGCCUCGUGAAGACUGCUAUGACUUACUGGGUACCUCAACAACCCGAUUGGGAGCAGCAGCUCAAGUAUUAUGGUGGGUUCCCUCGCUUGGCUGAGGUGCAAGAGCUGGGUGGUGCCUAUGUGUAUCUUCUCAGCGAGGCUGCUAGCUAUACUACGUCCAUUGAUAUUCCCGUCAAUGGCGUUAUUGGGAUCUGUUGA